AUCACAGGCCGGAGCAAAAUACAAGAACCAACAAGGACAACUACAAGGAGCCUUCCCAGACACCUGUAAUGAUCAAAUCAAAGGUCUCGGAAAGACAAGACCACACGCAGGAGAAACAAACAACAAAGAAAAGGGAAUGGAACGGGGCGAAGCCUUCCAAGAUACCCGUAUUGAUCAGAGCAAAGGUCUCUGAAGGACAAGAUCACAGGCAGGAGAAGCAAGCAACGAUCAAAAGGGAAUGGAAGGGGGCGAAGCCUUCCAAGAUACCUGUAUUGGUCAGAUCAAAGGAAUUACCACAAAGGACAGCCGGGUGAGGUUUCAAGAGCCAUAUAGUACCACUAGCAUAUCUUUGAAACCUGGAUCCAGCAUGGUCUUGAGGCAGGGCCAGUUACCAAGGGGUCGCCCUAUUUUGCAGUAUCCAAUACAAAAUUACAAGAAUGUUCAGCCUAAAACCAACACGUACAAUACACGGAAAACGUGUGGCAAAAACAUCCAGAUCUCGGAAGUACAAUAUCACAGGCCGGAGCAAAAUACAAGAACCAACAAGGACAACUACAAGGAGCCUUCCCCGAUACCUGUAAUGGUCAAAUCAAAGGUCUCGGAAGGACAAGACUACACACAGGAGAAACAAACAACAAAGAAAUGGGAAUGGAAGGGGGCGAAGCCUUCCAAGAUACCUGUAUUGAUCAGAUCAAAGGUCUCGGAAGGACAAGACCACAGGCAGGAAAAGCAAGCAACGAUCAAAAGGGAAUGGAAGGGGGCGAAGCCUUCCAAGAUACCUGUAAUGAUCAAUUCAAAGAGGCCUGUGUGGCGCUAACCGCGAGGGAGAGGCUACUACUCUUCUCGAUGACCUACAUUCCUUGAUCACUGUACAUGAUGUACGAAGAGUAUCCUUGCUGCUGAGCAAGUACAGAAAGACAUAAGUACCGCAGUACAUGCUGGUGACAUGGGAAUAUUCUCAGUAAUAUAUGUCAGUGUUCAUCGUCAAAGAGGUUCUUUAGGUGUAAACUGAGCUGGAAACAGGGUAUGGCUGAGAACUAAGUCCAGGUAUCAGCUAAUGUCUUCAUACAUUUCAAGCAGUACAGUGAUACAAAGCACUCUUGACACACGUGUCCUUCUGAGUACAUGGUAGCGACCGUUGGUACAUCUGCAACUCUACUGGAGACUAUGACAGAGGUGGCUAACUUGUAUUCUGUGGAACGGCGUGUCACAGCUGCCAAUUAGAACAGCAUUGCCUUUGACUGCUUCAAGCCUACUCUUGCUCACUUCACCAGCAGUGAACAGUUGAUGGUAGUGUGAGAGUUACCACAAGAAUCCCUUUUCUUUGUUUACGUUGGCGAAAAUAUAGGUCAAUUGGUGAAGUAGCCGGUGAGAGACGCUCAAAGAGGAAGAGGAAGGUA